AUGCUCAUCCACCUGCUCAUCGCACUCAUCGCACUUAUUUUCACCACAGCCCGCGCCUACUCCAACCCCACAACUGUCCUCACGAUGCCCCAGACCUACAACAAGGCCUUCAUCCCCCUCGAGUCCAACCCGGACGUCUUCAACGAGCUCAUCGCCCUCCUCGGCGUUCCGCCCUCCCUCCACUUCGAGGACGUCUACACCCUCGACGACCCGGCCGCCCUGCCCCCAAGGAUUCUCGCCCUCGUCCUCGUCUUCCCCACGACCCCGGCCUACGAGGCCCGAUUGACCGCCGAGGAGGCCGGCGCCAAGGACUGGAUGGCCGGCCAACACGACGAGGAGGACGAGGACGCCGUUUGGUUCAAGCAAACAAUCAACAACGCAUGCGGCCUGUACGCCAUCCUGCACGCCCUGGCCAACGGCCGGGCUAAGGACUUUCUCCGACCCGGCUCCUUGCUGGAUAAUUUGCUGUCCAUCACGGCGCCCAUGGACCCCGCACAAGCGGCCUUGGUCCUGGAGGGCUCCCAGGAACUUGAGGAUGCUUAUGCAUCCAUCGCCACAAAGGGCGACACGGCGGCGCCCGCGAGCGCCGAGGACGACGUCAACUUUCACUACAUUUGCUUCGUCAAAUCACCCGACACGGGCCAUCUCUACGAGCUCGACGGUGACAGGAAGGGACCCGUUGACAGAGGCAUCCUGGACGAGGAAGAAAGGGUGGAUCUAGGAGCCAAGUCUCUGGACCUUGUUCGUCAAUUCAUCGCGCGAGGGGGAGACAAUAUCGGUUUCAACCUCAUGGCCCUGGCCGAGAGGUCAUGA